AUGUCAUGGUUCUGCAAGUCGCAGGAGCUCCGGAGCUAUGACCAGCAGUUACCAUGUUGGACAGCCGAGCUGGUCGCCGCUGAAGCCUAUGCCGAACAGCUGGAAGAUGAAGCGAAGAUGGCGCACGCUGAGCACGCUGAGCACACCCGAAAGCUCACCGAGAUCAAUCCAUUGUCACCUGCAAGUAGUGAAGGGGACCGAGAUCAUGCUGCAGCAGUUGAGCAUUACGCUCAGAUGGGCAUUGAUCAUCGGCAUUUCGAUGAUCCUUUAAUUCCUUUUGCCGGGCUUUCGGAUGAGGAGAUCCACAAACGCCACGUCGAGUCCAUGAUGCAAAAGGAGAUUGCACGACGCGAGGUGUCCAUCGCCCACCUGCGGCGACAGCACCUCUAUGCAGCCAACGAGAGCAUUGCCUCCAGCAAGCAGGAGGCGGAAGAGCUUCGCGAGGCCUUGGCCAAGGCAGAAAGAGAAGGCCGACAGCUCACUGAAGAAAGACAAGCGGCUGAAGAACAGGAACUCCCUUUGCGAGAGUGGGUGAAACAUAUCGAAGAUCAAGUGCACGCAGCAAGGCUUGAGAAUGCUCGUCUUUCUGCGUCCUUGUCUUCAGCCUUGGCCUUCCGGGCUUCUUUGCUUCCAGAUGAAGACGCCGCACCGGUAGGGCCUGAGUCCCACACUGACAUCCAGCAAGUUCGAUGGCUUCGAGACCACCAACAGCAAUGUCUGUCUCGGAAGGCUCGACUCAAGGAAGAGAUCGCCGAGGAAGAGCAGCGCCGUGCCGCCUUCCUCCACGAGGCCGCGGUGCCCUUGCAGCGAAACCACAGAAUCUAG